CAUACCUCAUCAUUGACAGAAUAAGAUACUCAUUCUACAAAUGAAAAAUGAGUAAGAAAAUUAAAGUAUUUUUUCAUCAAGAUGACUAAUUUAAACCAUAGUUUUACAGAUAAUGACAACAACACAACAACAAAGACAACAAAUCUUACAUAUAACACAAAACAAAUCUUAUAUUUCUUAACAAAUCUUAUAUACAUAUAGGUAAUCAGCCAUUUUAGCACUGUUUUGCACAACACACACUUGGAGCACCCAUUGCGCAGUCAUUUCAAAGACCUCGGACUUUCGAAUUCCGAAAUGAAAUUUUAAACUGCCCGCAUUUGCGUGUGAUGCGACUCUAAGUUUCACUGUGAUUGGUGGAAAACUCACAAGGCCACGAUCAUGGCCAAUCACAUUUCGUCUCUUUCCCUCCUCUUUCUUCCAUGGGAGCCAUACGUGUUUACCGUUCCGUUUCGUAAACCAAAAUGGCGGGAGUUGUUUCAGAUGUUUUCCAGCGAUGUAUCAAGCAAAUGUUUGGAAUUUAUCGCGUUUGAAUUUGCUGUUGACAACGAAAAAUGUGAUCAUGAAAAUUACAGUCAUCGCGGGACGAUUUUUUCUUAGUUAAAUCCCUCAUGGUGAAUGUGUUGUGACCGGAAAGUUUGCUAAAUAUCCAGUUCGUGUGACUUUCUUUUUACCCUCUGAUCGUAUUAUCACUCGUGCGGUAUCAUGAAUUUGAAGAAAACGGUGAAAACCGAGCCGCAAGACGAGGAGAUGGAACUAGGGCCAGCAAUUUUUGGUUUAAAGCGAGUCGGAACCGAGGAUGAAACGGCUCAUAAGGAAGAUGAGUCCAGCACCCCCUCUGCCAGCCCAGCUUUAAACAACAGAGGUAUGCCUGCUCGGAUCAGGAAAAAGAACAAAUUGUUCUACGAUGAAGACAUGUUCAAUGCCUCAACGGUAGGUGUCAAAAGGCAGUCUCGAAAUUCGAUUAAAGCCUCCCCCAAAAAACCUGCAACCCCAGCUAAAGCAAAACAAACACCAACAUCCACUCCGAAGAGUACUCCGAGGAUAGUCCCAAAGAGUACCCCAAAAUCUGCGAGGUCCCCUCCAGAGAUGGUGAAAGAAACUUCAAAUCUUGAAGGCAAGGGUGAGUCAGCUAGUAGGAAGACAGGACACAAAAUAGGUAUGAAAUUACGGAACCUUUUAAAAUUACCGAAAGCACACAAAUGGGUUUGUCACGAGUGGUUUUACAGUAAUCUCGAUGUUCCCCUGUUUUUAGGAGAUAAUGAUUUCCUUAUAUGUAUUAGAGAAUCUUUCCCUGAGUUGAAAACUACUAAGCUAUCCAGACCUCAAUGGCGCAUGAUGCGAAGAAUGAUGGGAAAACCACGAAGGUGUUCUCAAACGUUCUUUGAUGAAGAAAGACGUGAAAUAGAAAGGAGACGGAACAAUAUUCGUUCUCUUCAACAGCGGAAGGCGUGUGAUAUUUCAUGUUUCAAAGGAUUACCCCCUGAGAUUCCUUUGCAACUAGUUCUAGGAACAAAAGUCACUGCACGUCUCCGAAAACCACAAGAUGGUCUGUUUACAGGCAUUAUCGAUGCCUUAGACACCUCUAACAAUACUUACAGAAUUACUUUUGAAAGAGGAGGAUUAGGUACACAUUCCAUACCUGAUUAUGAAGUAUUGUCAAAUGAUCCACCAGAUACUAUUUCAAUAAGUAGUUACCUGCACAAAAUUCGCCCUCCUCAAUCCAACUCGGCAAUGUCUGUAGAUUCGGAUAGUUUAUCAUCAAGAGAUGUAGAAAGCGGAGGUAAAUUAAAUCAGUUAAUCUCACCGGGCGGCACCAUGGGAGGAUAUCGAGUAGAGCACUUAGAAUCAAUGGUGCGUCUUAAUAAACUCUUAGCCGUGAAGAAACUACGAAUCCAGCAUUUAAAGGAAAUGAACUCUGAUGCCGAGAGGAGAAAUUUAUACGGGCGCCCACUCUCCCAUGAGUUCAAAAUUCAUUAUGCUAGCUGUGUUAUUGAACUUGAGCAGCUAAACACUGCUUUGAAAGACACUUUAACUGUACUGCAAUCAUUUGUUUUAAACAAUCCAGAGAAAGAGCAACAAAUGCAACAGAUUGAAUCAUGUCCGCAAGUAGCCGCAGAAAUUGUAGAGAAGAAUAAUAGCGAUGCCAAAAACAAGGUUAAUGAUGAAUCUAUGAUUAACUUAAUUGUUGAUUUGACUUCUUUAUUACUUCAAGUAAAAAUUUUAAUAAACUCUGAUGAAAGUUCUGUUGAGUCUAAAAUCGUGAAAAACUCGAUAUCUGACGUCAAGCAGAGAUUAGAUCCGGUCAACCAAAUGGUGUUCGAGAAUAAUGUAGAGGUUCAUCUGCGUCACAUUCAAGCUGGGGUAUCAAACCAUGUAAAUUCACCUUUCAUUUUCCCGUUUCAGUCAUAAAAAGGCAAUUACACCCUAGCCCUCUGUUCACCAAUUGGCAUUUUUUUCCGAUAGCAAAGACAUUUCGCAGACUUGCAUUGUACACCGAUUUUGGAUCUCCUCUUUGACAUGAUGAAGCUUUGUUUUGAAAACUCAUUGAAGAAGAUAAUUUUAAAAGUAACAACUGGUUUCCUCCUACCGUCUGUAUUGCUAAGUGAAUUGGGCCAUCAAAAUUGUAUUUCUAUUAUAGCUGGCUUAGACACUUACCAGUGAAGAAUGAAACUGAGAUUUUAAUAAAUUAGGAAUGAUUAUUGUCAGAAUCUGCCAGUAACUUUCAUUGAUGUUAAUAGUUUCUGAAUAAAUCCAUUUUGAAAGUAGUAAUUAUAUACUAUACCUGUGUUUAAGACAAAGCCAUCUCACUGUAAGCACUGAACUACUCCUAAAGAAUCAGUGAAUAAGGAUGGGCCAGGUUCUCAGUAAUAUUUUUACCCUGACUUGUAAGUUGUACCUGAACAUGCUAAAACUAAAGGCUUCGAAAAGGCUUCUUGAUGACCCCAUUUUACACCCUUGGUCAAUGAGAGAACCGAAAAAGGCAUCGAUGUGUCACUUUGAGAGCCCAAGUUUGUGCAUGAAGAACAGCUUUCUACAAAUCAAAUAUUAAAUGGGAGAAACUUAGAUGUAGACUUCUGUGUGAGUUUUUGAAAAUGCUUUCUCAGGACUAAAGGCAAGAUCUUGAUAUUUUGUUGUAGCCGUUGUCCAUCUUUCUUGUGUGAACUUUGUUUAAGCUUGCCUUCAUGGUGAAAUUGUAGAAAUGUGUAUUUUAGUUCGCAGCAUUGCAGACUUUUUGUGAUCUUUUAUUUUCUUCAUUCUAACGUCAUUUCUUGAGAAGUUUGGUAAUUUUUCUUCUCUAUCUAAUGGAUAUGCUGUGACAAUUUCAAACUAUGAUGUUAGUUUGGUCUCCUUCAACAAAAGAAUAAAAUAAGAGUGGAGGUAUUGCAACACCGCAACCACGAUACGCAUUUUUGCAGUUUUACCGUCAGUCUGUUAAUGUGAUGGAAAAUCUUCAGUUCUAAUUUAAUUCUAAAUCUUAAUGACAGCCUCUAAGCUGUUAUUAAAUUACAUCAAGCACAAGAAAGAAUUUGAGAUCUAUUGCAAUACUACAGGAUUGUAAUCUAAAUUCUUCGAUUGUCUUGGAUUAUGUUGAUAAUUCUAAGUAUGAGAAGCAAGGGUAUCAAGCAAUGGGUGAUGCAAAAGUUCAGUUCUGCUCAAACGUUCCACAAUAAGUCGGAAAAAGGUAGCUUAAAAUCUUGAAUUUCAUCUGAUGUAUUUUAUGUGCAGCCCCCAAUGCUUCAAUAUAGAUUCCAGAAUUGUCCAACACUGAUAUGAAUGUCUGAUGCCAAAAAAGUAGAAGUCCAGAAAUAAAAUUUUUCUUUAAGAAGCAAACUUCGCCAUUGAGUGGCAUCUUCCUCUCAAAAGAAAAGACAGAUACUUUGCUGUGCUUAGAUACUUCUCUUUGCUUAUUCUUUAAUAUGUAGAGAAUAGCAUUUUCUCAAUUUCCUAGGCUUUCAUUUCUUGCCUAAUAAAAUGCAGUCAAAUCUGUUUGUGACAAAGUGGACUUCUGCUUUUUUUGCAUGAUACGUUGCUAACAAUUUUAAAUUAUUUUGUAGUUUAACGUUUGUUUCUCUGUUGAUCUCUAUAUUUUAGUUGUCCUUGAGUCAAAGAUUUCAAUUAUAUUUUUUUAAAUUUGCAAUGAUUGUAGAAUUGUAUUUUGACGGUUUGAACUAAUAGAUCAGCAACAAAUAUUAAGAUCUGCAUUCCUUUCUAUAUGUUAUAUUAUCAGCAAUAUCGCCCAUUGGAAAACACAGGGUAUGACUUAAUCCACUGAGGUAGUGUGUGCAAGGACUUCUUCCCCUUUGCUUUUAUCGGUGUUUUGGGUCAAGCAACCAGUGCAAAUCUAUCACUCUUAGAUAAAAUCAAGAUAGAAAAAACCAUGACAUGCACUGCUGCGGUGGAUGGUGUUGUACGCUGUGUUUUUCAAUGAGCAAUAAGUACCCCUGUUAAUAUUGGACAUUUAAGCUUGGCAUUUGAACUGGUUUUAAUAUUUUUCGGUUAUCUAUUAGCUUAAACCAUAAAAACAAGAUUCUUUGACUAGCGCAACUGACCUAUUUAAAACUCGCCACAACCAUUUUUUUGGUUCGAGGAUUUCAAAAUCCUUUGAAGAAAUUUUGAUACUUAUCUUGUUAAUAAAUAUCUCUUGUCACCUUUUGUAAGGAUUUCAUAGUGCUUACUUGUUAAUUAUCACCAUCACAUUUGAGUAGGUUAUUUAAUGUCCAACCAUGCUGAAGGGAAUUUAAUGAAAAAUCUAAUUCUUUUACAAAUGCUUUCAAAACUAAGUACCCUAUCUACUGUGCAAUGUAAUGAAAUUGCUGUAAUUAACAAGUGCAAUUGAAAAAGAAAUGUCUUUUUUAGUUUUUUAAUCAGCAACCUCUCUUGAUUUUGUCCUCAAAACCAGUUUUUUUUUUUUUAGAUUUUUCACUCUCAUAUCCAUAGGGUCCCAAGGUUACUAACUUUUGGAUUGAAUGGUCACGUCACAUCAUACACAGCAUUUAUGAUAGUACCAUCUCCAUCAGUUGUCUGUUUUAUAUCUUCCUUCUUUUUUUUUCUCCCUGUCAGUGACCCGUUUUCUCAACAAACAUGUAUUGAGUGAUGAAGCCUAUAAAGUCAAUUUGUGAAUCUUUCGUUUCUUCAUACCGGCCUUGGUUCAAUUGAUCUCGCAGUCGACUGGAUUUAAUUGUUGUUUUCCUUUUUUCCUCCCUUGUAGUGUUGGAUUUCUCAUCAAAAAAACCUCCAAAAAUACAGAUGGCUUUUGAAAAUAAGUCAGGCAAGUUGAGUCAGGUAUCAGUCAAUGGCAGUCGAUCUUAUUUUUAAAACACUGCUUCAUUUUUCAGAAUUUGAAGCAGUGCCUAGUUCUGCCUUUCAUUUGUUUACCUGCAUGUCCCUUCAUGUCUCUGUCUCUCCUAUGCUAAUUCAAUACUAGAAAAAGAAAAUUGUAUCAUAAAUUUCCCAGAGCCUUUAGUGUUGAAAGUGAGGGUUCUCUUAGUCCAUAUGUACCAUUUACUUAGUAAGUUAAAUCGACCAAUUGUUAAGAUGUACCUACCAAUACAGUUGUUGAUUGUUUUAUGAUAAUAAUUUACUUGUGAGUUAAAAGGUUUUUAGCUUUGUAUAUAAGAAAUACUUGUAUUAUAUCUACUACAGUAGCUCAAAUUAUUUUUGAGGAAGAUUUUGUGUGCAUCUCUUUUUUUAAAUUCAGUGAUUACGAUACAUUUAACUAUGAAUUGUUUUUACAAAUUGAUUUCUCAAAAGUCCUCUCAUCAUUCUCUGAAGAAACAAUGAAAAUUAUUCUUCUCUUGUCAUCAAAAAUUGUAAUUAUUGAGUUUAAAAUUAAAUGGUCAAUCAUCGAUUCA